UCUCCCUGAUCUUCUUCCAGCUCCCUUCUCUAUCAAUUGGACCUCCUGCCUUGCCCAGAAUGUUGUUCCGAACUGCGUGGGCCCGUCAAGCCGCGUCUCUAAGGCGUCAAACCUUUGCUCCCCUUGCCCGUCGCUCCGUCACCACCGACGCCGCCUCGUCGCAUGCUGAAAAUGUUCCACAGGAGGAUGAUAAGUCUUUCACCGUCCAGCUCUCCGACGAGAGCUUCGAGACCUAUGAGAUCGACCCUCCUCCCUACACCAUGGAGGUCACCAAGAAGGAGCUGAAGCAGAUGUACUAUGAUAUGGUUUCGACCAGGCGUAUGGAGAUGGCCGCCGAUCGUCUCUACAAGGAAAAGAAGAUCAGAGGUUUCUGCCACUUGUCAACCGGUCAGGAAGCUGUUGCUACUGGUAUCGAGCACGCCAUCACCCGUGACGACAAGAUCAUCACAGCCUACCGUUGCCACGGUUUUGCUUACAUGCGGGGUGCUACCAUCCGGUCCAUCAUCGGAGAACUGCUUGGUCGCCGUGAGGGUAUCGCCUACGGAAAGGGCGGUUCCAUGCACAUGUUCGCUCCUAACUUCUACGGUGGUAACGGUAUUGUCGGUGCUCAGGUCCCUGUUGGUGCUGGUCUCGCUUUUGCCCAGCAGUACAAUGAGGAGCCCACUACUAGCAUUGUCCUCUACGGUGAUGGCGCUUCCAACCAGGGUCAGGUCUUCGAGGCCUUCAACAUGGCUAAGCUCUGGAACCUUCCCGUUCUGUUCGGCUGUGAGAACAACAAGUACGGUAUGGGUACUUCCGCCGCUCGUUCCUCCGCCUUGACCGAGUAUUACAAGCGUGGUCAGUACAUCCCUGGUAUCAAGGUCAACGGCAUGGACGUCCUUGCCACCAAGGCUGCCGUUAAGUACGCCAAGGACUACGCUGUCUCUGGUAACGGACCCCUCGUGAUGGAGUAUGUCACCUAUCGUUAUGGAGGUCACUCCAUGUCGGACCCCGGUACCACCUACCGUAGCCGUGAGGAGAUCCAGCGCAUGCGCAGCACCCACGACCCCAUUGCCGGCCUCAAGCAGAAGAUCCUUGACUGGAAGGUCAUGACCGAGGAUGAGCUCAAGGCUCUGGACAAGACCGCUCGUGCCUUCGUUGACGAGGAGGUUGCCAUUGCCGAGAACAUGGCCGUUCCUGACAGCAACUCCCGUAUCCUCUUCGAGGACAUCUACGUCCGUGGCAGUGAGCCCCGCUGGAUGAGGGGCCGUACCGUCGAUGAGACCUUCUACUACUAGAGAUGACGGGGAUGGCGUCCCACCGAGGGAGAGGAGUAUGACUGAAGAAGUAUAAAAAAAUUUAAAUUGGCAGGCUCCUAUGCAGCAUUACCAUGCACGUUUACUAUGUAAUUUAGCCGGGGAUUUAUAUUUAUUUUUGCAUUAUUCUCCUAUAGCGCUAGGAAUAUACUAUUGGAGAUU